UGCAAGAGCUUGGGUCAAUAACAUUUACUUAUUAACGCUUUUCAAAAUGGUGAAAAUGAUUUUCGUCAUCGUAGUUUCGGUAUUAGGCUGUGCAGUAGCAUCUCCAGUUUGCACCAAUGAAGAAUCCCAGAAAUGCGUGCCCGAAGAUACCUCAACCGCGUUCCUAGAAAUGGAGCGUCCGUGGACAUAUGAUGGAUAUACUUUAGAUGCGGAAUGCCCUGAUAAGCUUUCAAUCAUAGAGUGUGGACUUGCUUUUUCACAAAGAUGUUAUAAUACUUCACUAGGAGCUGGUUUGACAGGUUUUCAGAGCUUAAAAGAUCUCUAUGAUAAAUUAUGUGACAAAUCGAGUGCAUUUAGAACUGACUACUUGGAACACAUAAUCUGCCUGAAUGAACAGAUCGAGGAAAGGAGUAGCGUAUGUACGGAUUUCUUGAAUCCUCCUCCUGGCACUACUACGUGUUCAGCACAAUUCAACAGUUAUAAGUACUGUGUGGAGAUGGAUGUAAAACAAUCUUGCGGAGAGAAGGCAACCAAAGUGUUCAAAGCCCUUUACGCGGCAAGACUCAGUUUAAACAUAGCAUCCUGUGAGUUUUUAGAGCACUAGAAAUUAGUUUCAAGGAAUCUGUUG